AAAGUUCACAUUUUUAGUGCUAAUUUGACCAAAUUUUUAGUGUUAAUUGGGCAGGAUUAGAUAUCAUUGUGGUUUUAUUCUUGUUAAGUUUGAGAAAAUUGUUAUAGGGAUUCAUUGAAGAAGUUUUGAAGUCAUUAAUCAUAGUCAAAUGGGGCGCUAUUCACCAAGUUUGCUGCUUUUUAUGGUUUUUCUUUCAUGGGGUUUCUUUAUCUCAAAAACACAUCAGUUACAAUCAACUCAAACUCAACUUCUUCUUCAACUUAGGAAGCAUUUGGAGUAUCCAAUGCAAUUAAGCACUUGGGAAAAUUUUAAUGGUGAUUUCUGUACUUUUGUUUCAAGCCCACAAGUUAGCAUAAAAUGUGAAGAAAAUUUGAUUAUUGAGCUCAAAAUAAUGGGAGAUAAGCUUUCAAAGGUUAGUGAUUUUCAUGGAUAUGCAAUAAAAAACCAAACUUUAUCUCAAACUUUUUCUAUUGAUUCAUUAGUUGUUACAUUAGCAAGAUUGAAUACUUUGAAAGUACUUAGUUUAGUUUCUUUAGGAAUUUGGGGUCCACUUCCUGAUAAAAUCCAUAGGCUUGCUUCACUUGAGCUUUUGGAUAUGAGUUCAAAUUUCAUGUAUGGUUCAAUCCCAAAUCAAGUUUCAAGACUUGUAGAGCUUCAUACUUUAACAUUGGAUGGGAACUUUUUCAAUGAAUCGGUUCCGAAUUGGUUUGAUUCGAUAUCGAACCUCACUAUCCUUAGCUUGAAAAGUAACAGAUUAAAGGGUCAAUUCCCAUCUUCAGUUACCAAAAUGAAAAGCCUCACUGAUCUUUCCUUAUCUCACAAUAGCCUUACUGGUAAGUUACCAGAUUUAACCUCCUUAUCUAGUUUAAAUUUGUUGGAUUUGAGGGAUAACCAUUUUGGUUUUGAGCUUCCGUUGUUACCUAAAGGAGUCACUACAGUUCUUUUGAGUAAUAACUCAUUUAAUGGAAAGAUUCCUGAAGAAUAUGGAAAAGUUGACCACUUACAACAUCUUGAUCUAUCGUUGAAUUCAUUGGUGGGGACGCCACCAUUUGGGCUAUUCUCAUUGCCAAACAUCAGCUAUCUGAAUCUUGGAUCCAAUAGGUUAAGUGGGUCACUUCAUAAUAUCCUGAAAUGUGGGGAAAAUCUUGGGUUUGUUGAUAUUUCAGUCAAUCGGUUAAGGGGUAGUCUUCCAUCUUGUUUAGACACAAAUUCUAGUAACAAAAGAGUUGUGAAAUUUAAUGGGAAUUGCUUGAUUGGUGGUAAUGGACAACAAGGGUCAGAUCUUAGUUGUGAAGAAGUUAGUGUGAAAAAGAAGCGAUCUUGGGGUAGUGUUGUGUGGAUAGUGAUUGGUGUUGUUGGUUUGAUAGUGAUCUUUUUGGUCAUAGUUGCGUUUGUUCGGUUACUUUGUUGUAAAAGGAGACACAAGAGAGAACCUAUUGCGUUACAACAUACAGUACCAAAGGUUAUUCAGGAUGGUUUACCUUCAGCGAUUUCUUCAGAAGUUCUUGCUAAUGCUAGGAUCAUAUCUGAAGUAUCUAAGUUAGGGACACAAGUUGCACCAUCAUGUCGUGUGUUUUCUAUACAAGAGUUAGCUGAAGCCACUGAUAAUUUCUCUGCGUCGGUGUUUCUGGGCGAAGGCUCAAUCGGAAAGCUUUACAAGGGAAAGUUAGAGAACGGAAGCUAUAUGGUUAUACGAUCUCUCUCAUUAUUUAAAAAAUACUCAAUCCGAAACCUCAAAGUUCGGUUGGAUCUUCUGUCAAAACUUCGUCAUCCACAUCUUGUUGGAUUUUUGGGUUAUUGCAUUCAUGAUGCUGGCUUAGAAGAUUCCACUUCGAGCAGAGUCUUUCUAGUACAUGAGUAUAUAUCUAAUGGAAAUUUCCGUACUCAUCUCUCAGAGUGCUCUCCAAAUCAAAUAUUCAAAUGGUCAGAUCGGUUAGCAGUUUUGAUUGGAAUUGCCAAGGCAGUACAUUUUCUGCAUACUGGUGUAAUUCCUGCUUCUUCAAGCAAUAGAUUAAGAACAAAUAAUAUAUUGCUUGAUGAGCAUCGUAUUGCAAAGCUAAGUGACUAUGGAAUGUCCAUUAUCACCGAAGAUAUAGAACAGCUUGAGGCAAAGGGUGAUGGUCCAAAAGCAAAGGGAGACGGUCCUAAAUCAUGGCAUAUGAAGAAGUUGGCUGAUGAUGUAUACGAUUUCGGGUUCAUAUUGCUCGAAACACUUGUAGGCCCGAUUGUAACAGGGAAAGGCGAAGCGUUUCUGCUUAAUGAAAUGAAAUCUUUUGGAAGCCAAGAUGGUAGGCAAAGAAUUGUUGAUCCAGUGGUCUUAACAACUUCCUCACAAGAAUCAUUAUCGAUUGUAAUAUCAAUCACGAACAAGUGCAUCUCCGCUGAUGCAGCAAACCGGCCCUCGUUUGAAGAUGUACUCUGGAACCUGCAGUAUGCAGCUCAAGUACAGGCCACAGCUGAUUCUGAACAGAGAUCAGAUGGCGCAUCUUAAUGACACGAGCUCAUUAACAAGUUAGUAGUAAUUAUAGAUUUAUAGAUACCACUCGAGAGGAAGAUUUAUUCAUACUUUAUGCACAUAAUUAGAUGUGUAAACAGCUAUAAAUCUCUAAUCAUUGUGCUUUCUUUAACAUUCUUGUAACAAAUCUUACUGUAAAUUACACAUUGUUUAUAAAUUCUUUGGUACAUUUGGAAA